CCGUCGGCGCCGCCAGCUUCGUCGUGCCGCUGUACCUCGCCGAGCUGUCGCCGGCCGCCAUCCGGGGCCGGCUGGUGACCAUGAACGUCAUCUUCAUCACCCUCGGCCAGGUGGCCGCCUACGUGAUCGGCUGGCUGCUCGGCGAGUACGGCAAGGAAGGGACGGCGUGGAGGUGGAUGGUGGGCCUGGGCGCGGUGCCUGCGGUCGUUCAGGCCGUCGUGAUGGCGGUCAUGCCCGAGACGCCGCGGUGGCUGGUCAUGGGGGGGAGGGUCAGGGAGGCCCGGAGGGUGGUCGAGAAGGUGCACGGGGGCAAGGGGCCGGUGGUGGAUGCCACGGUGAAGGGGAUCGAGGUGGAGGUGAGGGAGGAGAGCGAGGCGAGGAGGCUGAGAGGGGCGAGGAAUGCCGGCGGGACGAGCUGGUUGCCCGAUGCGGUUGCCGAGCUGGUGGUGGUGAGGCGGAACCGCAGGGCCCUGGCGAUUGCUUGCUUACUCCAGGGGCUACAGCAGUUGUGCGGAUUCGUGAGUGCCCACGAGCUCCCGCCCGGCGGUGUGUGUUGGUUUCCGCUGAUCUGACCAGGCAUGACAGAACUCGCUCAUGUACUUCUCGGCGACCAUCUUUACGAUGCUCGGCUUCCCGAUCCCGACUCUCACCUCGCUGGUCGUGGCCGUCACCAACUUCAUCUUCACCCUGGCAGCGCUCUUUCUGAUCGAUCGCAUCGGGAGACGGCGCAUCCUGCUCUGGUCCGUCCCGGUCAUGGCCGCGGGGCUCCUCCUCGCCGCGUGGGGUUUCUCCUUCAUCGACAUAGCCGCGACGGACGCGGCCGACGACGCUCCCUCCCAACCCCCUCCGGCCCGGGGGGCGGCCGUCACGAUCCUCAUCAGCUUCAUGAUGUACGUGGCCGGCUACGCCAUGGGGCUCGGAAACGUGCCGUGGAUGCAGAGCGAGCUGUUUGCGCUCAACGUGCGGUCGCUUGGGAGCGGCAUUGCCACGGCAACCAACUGGGGGGCAAAUUUUGUCAUAGGGCUGACCUUCCUGCUGCUCAUGGAGGCCCUCACUCCAUCGUGGACGUUUGUGCUGUAUGCGGCAAUAUGCGCCGUCGGAACCGGCCUGAUCUGGAAGUUCUAUCCCGAGACGGCAGGGCUGAGCCUGGAAGAGGCGGCCAGCUUGUUGGAGGACGACAACUGGGGCGUGCGGUGAUCGGGUUGCAAGAGACGCGUGUGGGACGUGCGUCUCUUGGUGGAUACGGGAAUGUUCGUGAUGCAUCCACUGUGUGCGGAUUCGCUAUGGUAAGGCUUAAGCUUUCCAGUGCGGCGACUUGCUGGAUCGGCAUGUUCGAGGCAGGCUGGGGCGGAAACGAAAGAGAGCAAACAAGGGUAUCCUCGGGCAGAAACGGCAAUUCGCGGCUGGGGCAAAAAUUUCACAAGAGAUAAGUUGCAGCAACUACUGUAGUAAGGGAUCAGUAAGUUACAAGUAAAAAUCUGGACCUUCUAAUAAUACCAAGUAAGAGUUCUUGGCAACCCGCUGUUGGGCUGCGAUGGG